CUCCACCAUCUCUGAUUCCUCCUACUACUCCUGUCCUCCUUCUCUCUUUACUCUUUUCUUUACACAAAACAAUCGAAGUGUGUACAGUCUGUAACUAGUGGAAGCCAUCAAACCCUUCUGGAUUCACCUCAAUUUCCUCAUUUAUUCUUGUCCCCCUUCACCCUUCUUCAACCUCCACGCUCCUCUGUACAAAAAAAACUCAUGCUUUUUCCAUUUCCCCACAUUAAUUUCACUACUCUCUUUAUUCUUCGUGUUCUCCUUGCGUUUCAGAUCUAAGUUUUAAUAAUGUUAAGACAAAACAGCAAUAAUUUUCUUCCUGGGAAAAUCCGAAAACGUGGCUGUUCGUCUUCGCCGUCCUCGACUUCAUCAUCAAUCGUUCAGAAUUAUCGGUUUAAGCGCGCGAUUCUGAUUGGGAAAAGGGGAGGAUCCAGUACGCCGGUGCCCGCAUGGAGACUUAUGCGGACGCCAUCCUCCGCGUCCGCAUUACGCGCCAUGGACUUGCACAGUGAAAGUGGUGGCGGCGGCGGAAAAGGUAAACAGCAGUUGCAGCAGCCGGUUUCGGCGAGGAAAUUGGCGGCGACUUUGUGGGAAAUGAACGAGAUGCCGUCUCCGAAAGUUAAAGAGAAUGGCGGUGGUGAGUUUGAUGAGAAGAGAUUGAGAAGAGAGGCGAGAGCGAGAGAACGGGCUGCGGCGAGGUCUUUGCAAUCGGGUUCUUUGCCUCCGCAUUUGUCGGAUCCUUCUCAUAGUCCGGUUUCUGAGAGGAUGGAUCGAUCUGGAACAGGUAGUCGCCACAGAAGAGGGUCGUCCAUUUCUCAGAUGCUUAGGUUUAUGGAACACAAUGGGAGAGCGUUGGAUUCUGUUAGCAAUGCCAGUUUAAUGGAGAUUGAGACAAGAUCUCGAGCCCAGACUCCUAGUGGAUCAACUAUUGGAGUUAAGAAUCGUUUGAAGGAUGUUAGCAAUGCGUUGACGACAUCUAAAGAGCUACUCAAAAUUAUUAACCGCAUGUGGGGUCAAGAAGAUCGGCCUUCUUCAAGCAUGUCCCUUGUCUCAGCCUUACAUGCUGAGCUAGAGAGAGCACGCUUGCAAGUCAAUCAGGUUAUCCAAGAACAGCGCUCGGACCAGAAUGAGAUAAACUAUCUAAUGAAGUGUUUUGCUGAAGAAAAGGCGGCAUGGAAAAACAAGGAGCAGGAAGUGGUUGAGGCUGCUAUUGAGUCCAUUGCAGGGGAACUUGAGGUAGAAAGGAAGUUGAGGAGACGGUCUGAAAGCUUGAACAAGAAGCUUGGCAAAGAGCUGGCUGAGACUAAAGCAUCAUUUCUUAAGGCAGUGAAAGAACUUGAGAAUGAGAAGAGAGCAAGAGUGGUUAUUGAACAAGUAUGUGACGAGUUAGCCAGAGACAUUGAUGAUCAAGCUGAAGUGGAAGAACUUAAGAGAGAAUCUGCUGUAGUUCGUGAAGAGGUUGAGAAGGAAAGGGAAAUGAUGCAGUUAGCUAAUGUGUUGCGUGAAGAGAUAGCUCAAAUGAAACACUCAGAGGCUAAAUAUCAGCUUGAAGAAAAAAAUGCCGCUGUUGAUAAAUUGAGGAGUCAACUUGAAGCUUUUAUGGGAACCAAAAAGGUAAAAGAAAAAGGGCGUCUUUCUGUAAAUCAACCAAUCAAUGAGGAUAUUGCAGCCUAUUUAAGCAGAACCCGUUUUGGUUCUCACCAGAAUGAAGAAAAUGAGGAUGAUGGAGAAGUAGAAGAUGGAGUAGAGUGUGAAGAAGAAUCGGCUGAAAGUGAUCUUCAUUCCAUUGAAUUAAAUAUGGACAAUAAUAAUAAGAGUUAUAAGUGGGCUUAUGCUCCUGGAGCUACUCGUGAUACAAGACUGCCUCCAUUUGAUGAAGAAGAAAUCAAAGGAAGGAAGUCUACCUCUGGCAAAGCACCUAGAAGAAGCACUUCAUUGCAGCGGAGCAUAUCAGAUGGAGUUGAUUGGGGAAUCCAAGCUGAAAGGCUCCAAAAUUCAGGAGAUGACUUACAGUGGGAAAGACUGGCUGAACCGGAGAGGCAAGCCCAAGUAAAAGGUUAUGGAGAUGAAUUACAUGGGUUUAAAUCAGCGAAAGGUCUUAGGGACCAGUUUUUGUCCGGUUCUCGGAUGGGACCUUCCAGACUAUAUGCUAGUCCAACACGCCUUACACGAGAUCAAGGCAAUGUGGCUCAAGACCGACCUCCUAUGGUGCCUGGGAGCGUUUUGAAGUCGAGGCUAGGAGAGUCCAGAGGCGAGGGCCAGAAUGCAAGGAAAUCCAGAUGGUGAGACAUGAUUUUGCGUGGACAGUGCACCUUGUCCACAAUCCUCCAGAGCCAGUCUUCUUGCAACCGUACCUGCUAAAUUCAUGGCAAUUUUUCAAAGGCAAGGGAAGGCUUGUCAAUGGCUUUAUAGAGGAAAGAUUUAGACUCUGAAGAGUUGUGUCUUUGUUGAUUAAUGGUUUGUUGUCAUUCCUUAGAGCAGUUGAAGUUGCAGCAAUCGCUGCAUCAUCUGUAGAAAUGUUUUAAUGUUUGUGUUUAUAGGAAGCCUGUUGAAAGCUGUGACAAUCAGAUGAAACAUCUCCUGUACAAAAACUUCUAGUAUAACAGAGCUGUAAUUAUGCUGGAAGUCCUUAAUAUUUUGCCUGCUUGAUUUUCUUUUCCAUGGUUUGUUUUUGUUAGUAAGCCUUACAUAAUAUACAUAUUGUAACAGUUAAGUUCAGGCAAAUAGAUAUUGUUCAU